AGAUGAAUCGAGUGGUUCAAGAACCGAGUGCCCGCAAUGUCCCUAUGGCUUCUUCUGUGACUUCGUCUUUACUUUCGAUCUGGCUUCAACAACGCACGAUGACGACCUCGAAACUGCCUCAGGACUUCGUCUGGGGCUUUGCAACUGCGGCCUACCAAAUCGAAGGCGCCCCACACACCGACGGCCGCCUCGACAGCAUCUGGGACACAUUCAGUCACACGCCCGGUAAAACUGCCGGUGGUGACACCGGCGACGUCGCCUGCGACAGCUACCACCGUGCAGCCGACGACAUCCGCCUCCUCCGCGAACUGGGUGCAAAGGUCUACCGCUUCAGUAUCUCGUGGCCGCGCGUAAUCCCUCUCGGUGGGCGCGACGACCCUGUCAAUGCAGCCGGUCUGGCCUACUACAAGACGCUUGUCGUGGACCUAAUCGCCGCGGGCAUCGCGCCAUGGAUUACGCUGUACCACUGGGACUUACCCGAAGCACUGGAGGCGCGAUACGGCGGGAUGCGCAACGGAGCCGAGUUUAUAGCCGACUACACGCGAUUUGCGCGGGUCAUGUUUGAAGCCCUGCCGGAGUGUAAGUUUUGGGUAACAUUUAAUGAGCCAUGGUGUAGCAGUGUGCUGGGGUAUAGUACCGGGCUGUUUGCGCCAGGGCGCACGUCAGAUCGCACGGUGAGUGAGGAGGGUGAUAGUAGUACAGAGCCGUGGAUCGUUGGGCAUCAUAUGUUGCUUGCGCAUGCGAGUGCGGUCAAGGUGUAUCGUGAGGAGUUCAAGGCGCGCGAUGGUGGCCAGAUUGGAAUCACGCUGAAUGGCGACUGGGCCGAGCCCUGGGACGCCGCUGACCCUCUGGACGUCGAAGCCUGCGAACGCAAGAUGGAAUUUGCGACGGCAUGGUUCGGCGACCCGAUCUACUUCGGCACAUACCCGGCCAGCAUGCGGGCGCAACUGGGCGUACGCCUUCCCAAGUUUACCGACGCGGAGGCCGCACUCGUGCGUGGCAGCAACGACUUCUACGGUAUGAAUCACUACUGCGCGCACUACAUCCGGCACCGGGACGAGCCCGCAACCGCCGACGACUACGCCGGCAACGUGGAUAUUCUGCCGACGAACAAAGCGGGCGACGAGAUUGGGCCGGCGACGCAGUCUGUGUGGCUGCGGCCGCAUGCGCCGGGGUUCAGAAAGCUGUUGUGCUGGCUGAGCGCACGGUAUGGACGGCCGGUCAUGUACGUGACGGAGAAUGGGACGAGCGUGGCGGGCGAGAACGGCCUUGCGGUGGAGGACUUACUGCAAGACGAGUUUCGCUGCAGGUAUUUCGAGGAGUAUAUCACGGCCAUGGCGGAUGCACGAGCGAUUGAUGGGGUGGAUGUCAGGGGAUAUACGGCGUGGAGUCUACUAGAUAACUUCGAAUGGGCAGAGGGAUAUGAAACACGUUUUGGAGUGACAUAUGUCGACUAUGCGGGCGGCCAAAAGCGGUAUCCUAAGAAGAGCGCACGUGUGAUUGGACAAGUCUUCGACAGAUUGAUCGAGAAAGCGUAGUUAGAAGGAGCUUUGGGCGUUAUUGCGCAAGCUUGACUCUGCAUUCGCACGCCAUUUGGUUGCGCGAUAUCGAGCAUGAUCAAUAAUCGCGCUGACAUAUGAGCUUCACGCAACAUGCUCAAGAGAUAGAUGAAUAAAAAACACAUGUUCGUAUGCCGGCGCGUCUCUUGCAUUUAUGUCUAUAAUGGAGCAAUGUAGACAUAAACUUGCCAUAGCUUGAAUGGAGUGCUCGAAUACGAAAAGUCCGUGGC